AUGAGGAUAGCCACGACUGUUGUGACCUUAUAUAUAUUCAGCAAAGAUGGAUGCUUUUAUUCCCCGGGCAACGAGUACGAAUUUCAUCAACUCGAAGCCUGGGACCUCAGUGAUCAUUCUUGUCCUAAAGAUCAACUCAUUGAUCCCACAUUCUCUAGUCCACAGACGAUCCAGGAAAUGAAAGACUAUCAGUCUUCUCAUCGACAAAUUUGUUAUUUUGUGAAACAUUUGGUGGAAUCCUCGGGGGAUCUUCUACUGGUUAUCAGGUUUUUCAUUUUGGAGUCUGUUUCGGAGGAGGAUCAAUUCGAAGAUUUAUAUGACAAGCCAAUGUUUCACCGGACCUUGAGAUUGGAUGUUCAUAAGUUGAAUUUCGAUCUCAAUAAGUGGGAACCUGUGGCAUGCUUAAAUGAUAGGGCGUUAUUUGUGGGUUAUAAUCAUUCAUUCUCUCUCUCCACCCGUGAUUAUCCAGAGCUUAGUGAGAAUUCAAUUUAUUUCACAGAAUAUAGUGAAGAAGAAGGGAUAUAUCCCAAUACAGGUCAUGAUAACGGCGUCUUCCACUUAGAAGAUAAGUCCAUCACUUAUUAUUGUACACAUGAUUGGAAGCUCAUUGAACUGCAUUCUUUUUGGGUACCAUCGCCAGUUUGGGUCUGUGUUGCCCAAAAUAGUGCAAGUUGGUAA